CUACACCCCCUGGUCGAUGGUUCCUUAUUGCUAUUAAUAGGCUCCUCCGGCGCCAAAGUUUCUCCCUCUAAACAUUACUCAUAAUAUAUUAAAAAAAUUAAAGAAGAAAAAAUUCUUCAGAACAUGAUCCAUUUCUAGAGGUUUUUUACUCUUUCGUCCGUACGUUCAGUCUCAAAUUUUAGGGUUAGGUUUUUAUUUUUUAACUUUAAAAGAAAAUUCUGGGUUGAAUCCAUGGCUGACUGGCAACAGCUUUUGCAAUCGAUAUUUAUAGGUCUUCUCUUUUCUUAUCUUCUCGCUAAGCUAAUCUCCUUAGUUGUUUCUUUCAAAGAUGAAAACCUUUCAAUUACCCGAGCCCGAACCACUCAUGUCCAAGCCCACAACAAACUCGACUCGGGUCCCAGAUCCGACCCGCAUGCCCGUGCUGAUCACGUGGGAACACACGAAGCGGAUUCGUUGAUAGCCGAAGUGGGUAGUGUUAGGAACGAGAGUGAUGAUGGUGAUGACGAUGAUGAUUGGGAAGGCGUGGAGUGUACGGAGCUGGAUGAGGCGUUUAGUGCAGCGACGGCGUUCGUGGCAGCGGCAGCGGCGGAUCGGUUGUCGCCGAAGGUGUCGAGUGAGGUGCAGUUGCAGCUUUACGGUUUGUACAAGAUUGCCACCGAAGGACCUUGCACUGCUCCUCAGCCUUCCGCUUUGAAAAUGACGGCUCGUGCUAAGUGGCAAGCAUGGCACAAAUUGGGUGCCAUGCCUCCAGAAGAAGCAAUGCAGAAAUACAUUGAUAUCGUUACAGAGCUUUAUCCAACCUGGGCUGCUGGUUCAGCUAUGAGAAAAGGUGGGGCUGAUGAUGCUGCAAGUAAAGAUGCCAAAGGACCAAUGGGACCAGUUUUCAGCUCUUUUGUAUAUGAAGAGGAAUCUGGAAAUGAGUUGAAAAUGGAUGCUAUUCAUGCUUUUGCUAGAGAAGGAGAACUGGAUAAUUUGCUUAAAUGCAUUGAAAGUGGUGUUUCUGUGAAUUUGCUAGACAGUGAAGGCAGGACCCCAUUGCAUUGGGCUGUAGACCGUGGCCAUCUUAAAAUUACAGAAGCGCUUGUUAGCAGGAAUGCUGAUGUGAAUGCUAAGGACAAUGAAGGCCAAACGCCCUUGCAUUAUGCUGUUGUGUGCGAGAGGGAAGAUAUAGCUGAAUAUCUUGUGAAGCAAAAUGCUGACAAAGAUAUGAAGGAUGUUGAUGGCAAAUCUCCGGUUGACCUGUGUGAGUCCCAUUGGCCUUGGUUGCAACAUGAAGGCAAAGCUGAUUGACCUAUAGUUUAUUCUGAGUUUGCUUUAGCUAAAGUAGUUAUUGACAAAUCUCUCAUAGAUGUAUAUGGCUAUAAGUUUAGUAACGUUUUGUUAUUUUUCCAUAGUUGUAUGCUGAUGUGGGUUACUAGUCAUUGCCCUAGUCUUCGUAAUUACUAUUCCCUCUACCUCCAUAAUUAGAUUGAAGAGAAUACGAAGGUAGUUUUGGCCACUGAAAUGGAAUUCAAAUGCUUUCUUUUGUAAAAGUUGAGAGCUUGGAUAGAUGCCUAGCUGGAGGUUAUUGUGGUAUCCAGAUGUUUCCUUUCAAAUGGAAUAUAAUAUUUGUAUUAGAUGUACUGUUAUGUUAUGCGCAGAGUCAUGAACUUAUGGAGAAGCAAUAAAUCUCAUAUAGGUUGUAAAAUAGAGUUGGUAUUGAGAUAUAACUAUUCAAAUCACGUUCAAUUUGUCAAGUGUUUUUUAUAAAA